CCUGCAAUAAAACGUAUUACGGCGACGUGGGGAAGACGUACGACCUGGAGCUGCAUCGACCGAAGGAGGACAAGGUGCCUUACAUUUGCAAGCUCACCUUCAACGCGCCAGGUGACGAUUUCGGUGAUAUAGUGCAGCUGACCUUCGACAGCUUCACCCUGGGCAAAUUCGUGUCCUUCACCGCGGAGGGAUGCCCGGACGGGUCGUUGCAGAUCUCGGAGGCGCAGCGUCCCGACGUCGGCGGGCUCUGGUGCGGCACGUCCUGGGGACCGGCGAUUUACUACAGCGAGACACCCAGCGUCUCGAUCAUCCUCAAGCUGCUCAGGCUCAGCAAAGAUCAGACGGGGUUCAACUUCGACUUCAGGAUGGCGUAUAAGAUGAUCAGGAAGUCGGACGCGGUGGUGCGCUACGGGAAUCCCUUCGUCGGAAUAACGCAGGUCGCCGGGACGCCGGCGUCGACCGAGCGCACGUCCGUCGAGUACGCGAAUACGUCGAUGGCGAUGCCGGUGCAGAUGGUCGAGCAACACGUGCCACCACCCACGAAGCCGAGCUCGGAGCAGUUCUUAGGGGACCUAAUAACCGGGACUUAUUGCUCCCGUAUAUUCACCGACUGCGACCGGAAGAAGUGCAGAUUGCAGUCGCCUAACUUCCCCGGGCUCUAUCCUCGCAAUCUCACCUGCUAUUACGCGGUGAGGCAGCACGAAGUGCCGGCGGGCAAGCACGCCUUAAUACACGUAAAACAACCCCGAGGCCAAUUGGUAGCUGUGAGGGCGCGGCCAGCUACUCAGGCCGAGCCGCCACCUCGGGAACUGCGUCUCUGGCAAGAUUGCGACGUCGUUCAGGACUACGUAACGGUGUAUGACGGAUACACCACCAGGGAGCCGGUGAUCCUGAAAUUCUGCGGCGGCGGGGAGCCGGUACCGGAGGCCAUCAGCAGCGGCCCGGAGAUCCUCGUGGAGUUUACUACCUCCCCUUAUGGCACCUUCUUACAUCCGACGCCGCCCCAUUCCCUACAUGGGUUCCAAUUAGAAGUGCAAGUCACGUUCGUCGACGCCGAGUCGCCCACCUACGCCAAGAACAAGCGCUGCGAGUUCUGGCUGAGGGGCACCGGCGGCGGCGUCCUGGCGUCGCCCCGUCACUCAUUGCCGAGGAACAGCACGUGCCUCUACCAUCUCCGCGGCUCCGGACCGACCCCGCCGAGCCCGACGCCGCCGCGACCUUUGCCGAAAUUUCCUGAACAGCGACCGGGCACCGUCUGGCGGCGACCUGCCCCGAGGCCGCCGCAGCCGCAAUUCCGCGUCUGGCUGUCCAUCCUCAAGUUCCACGUGGGCACCAGCUUAUCCAGCACGGACGAGGACUGCUCGACCACGUUGAUGGUCUGGGACGGCGAGAUGAUGCCGUUGUCCGAGUGCAACGACGUCGCCUGCGAGAAGGAACGUCAACGUUAUGCGGAGAGGAUAGGCGAUCCGAUUCAACCUGUUCUCGCGCGACCCGCGAGCAAUACGACGCUGCUAGCGAGAUAUUGCAAGGACAAAGUACCGAGGACCUGCGACCACGCUAUCCUGCAGAAUACCAGUCGCCCGUGCUCUCUGGGGGAGAGCUUCGUCUCAUCUGGCAGCAGCCUGACUAUCGAGAUGCGCAUGGUCGAGUCGACGGCGCUCAGACCCGUGAACUUUCGUGCGCUGUAUGAGUUUGUCGAUCUCCAUCAGGACGGCGAGCCGUACGGUACCGGGCCGUGCUCCCGAAUCUUCUACAGCCGCAGCCGGGACCAUUAUGCCGAUCGUAAAUUCCAAGGUCCGCGCGACAUAUUCCUGUACGGUCGAGGCGGCUCGAAGAACAUAAGCUGCGUGUACCGCUUCGAAGGAGAGCACGACGAGGUGGUGAAGCUGAGGUUCAACAAGCUCCUCAAUGGGAAUCGCACCUGCCGCAGCGUUACCAGCCCCGACUUCAAUAGGCUACUCUGCGUUGGCUCUGAGAACUUCUCGGUGAAGGUGCUCGAUUUACCCUGGCCAAACGCGCCACCCAUCCAGCGCGAUUGUCUCUGCUCGAAUCGAUCGUUGCCCAUCAAUAUCAAAUCCACGUCCAAUUUCGCCGAGGUGCGUUUCACCGUUCUGUCGAUGGACGCCUUGGAUGAUUACAACAAUCUCUUCUUCGAGGGCACCUGGGACUUCGUCAAGACGGUGCCUUGCCUGCAGAAGCGCAGAGUCAGAGGCCCGUCCGGCGAAAUCAAAUACACAUCGCCGUCCGAGGAGGACGAGAAGAACUGCGAGAACCAGCCGUGGCUGAUUGACCCCGGCCCGGGUCAAUACUUGUACGUGAAAAUGCACGGCAUAAUCAUGUCGAACAAGACGAAGUGCGAGACGAAGAAUCGCAUCGUCGUGCACACGGGCGGCGCGAUUCACGUGUCGGUGUGCCCGAAACCACCCGCCGACUCACGGCACCACGUGGUGGAGGUGUUCAGCGACGGUUGGGCCGUCAGCAGCAACGCGAUGAUCCUCGCGCCCGGGCAGGACCCGAUCCGAACCAUCGCCGUAGAAUUCAUCGUGAAAGAGCCCGCUUCCUACACGGUCACGUGGCUCGAGCUCACCAGAAGACCCUCGGUGACGGCGGGCCUGCAAAUGUCGCGGGACUGCGAGCAGCGUUGCCCGGAGCUGGACGCGUGCAUAAACGCCUCCUUGUGGUGCGACGGGGUGUCCCACUGUCCCUCCGGCUACGACGAGGCCCUGACGCACUGCUCGGUGCUGCUGCAGCUGGCGCCGUUGCACCUGAUCCUGGCUAUGCUCGCCGUGGUCGUCGUCCUCAGCGUGGUCUGCUUCGCCGUGUGGCGGUCUUGCCGGCAGCGCACCAGCCGCUCGAUAUCCCAGCACCGGCUGAAGAGCAUCUCCUCCGAGACGGCGAUAAUCGACGGCAAGGAAGUGAUAUGCUGACACAGCGACAGUUCUGUGCGUUACGUCGAGGUCGACCGGGUCACCACCGUGUGACGAUCGCCGUCCACGUGGUGGUCGUCGCCGUCGCCGCCGUCGUCGUCGUCGUCGUUUCCGUGGUCGGUUCGAGUUCCAGCGGUCCUCCAUAGCGCGGUCGGACGACUCCGCUCGGCUCUCCUCUUCCUCCUCCUCCCCCUGCUCCUGUCGUGAAGAGAGCCGAGAACCACCGCCGCCGGGGGGAUCCGCGGAAACGCCUCCGCGUAACGCGCAGAACUGUCGCAUCGUAAGGGAGAAGAAACCAGGAAGAACCGCUCCGGUUCUUGCUGAUCGGUAAACGCGCUCGAUGCUCGAUGACUCGGGUGAUGGGGCGAAGAAGUCUCUUUCGUCGAAGGAGCGCUUUCGUUCCGGCUGGCCGGCUCGAGGGGGAAAGAGAGAUGGGGCUCUCGUUAGGCUCGGGGAAUAAUGACGGGUGAGUUGAGAGAGGCGAUCCGACCAGGUGACGCGUCGAGAAUCGGAUGAGACCGUGGGGCGGUUUUUCUUUUUUUAGAAUCGAAUCCGCCGAGGUCCGUCGCGUUCGGAACGGAGCCGGCGCGAAGUGAAGCGUGUUAAGGGUGGAUUGAUUAAUCGCUGCCACUUUUCACUCGUCAACGCGUUACGCGCCGUUGCAUAAUCGCACGUGCGGCUACAUUUAGCGUCUAACGGUACGGUUGAACGGGGUGGCCCGUAAGUCGCGAAGGGCUUUAAAAUUGUUGCGACUUUCGUAUUCGUUGACUUGUUCGUCUCACUCUUUUCGGGUUCUGAAGGGAUUCGGGAAAGUAAGUACGGAGAAGCUGACCGAACGACGAGCGGGAAUCGUACCACUUUGCUUUGAAGAUCUGCGCUCGAUUGGUUUAACGCAACGGGCAUACCGCUGUCGUUUCAGCGUCAUAAAUAUUCCCCUUCGUCCCGGGACUGAACAUGGUCUCCGUGAUCGCGACAAGUCGAGUACGAAGCCCUGUUGCAGGAGACGUUCGACGAUCGAGCGACGAAUCAUUGAUUCCGAGGGGACAUUUCUGACGGUUAAAAUGACGGCGAUAUGCUCUUUGCGUUGAAACAAUCGAGAGCUGAUUCUCAAAAUAGAAUCGUACGAUUUCCGCUCGUUGUUCGACGGUGAAUCUCUUUCCGCAUUUAAUUUCCCGUAUAUACCCUAUCGGGACCCGAAGAAACAAAUGAAAUGAGAAAAUUAACGGAUACAAAAGUUACAAGAAUGUUCAACCCCCUCGUGACCCACCCUGCAUCUUAAUGUCUAACGGUACACUGCCACUAUAUACAGUUUCCUCGUCUCCUCGAAAUCAGAGCGAUCUCGCUUCACGACUUUCCACUCGAAGAUCUAAUAAGGCUACUCGGGACUUGCCGCCAGUUCAGCGGCGGAAUCCCAGACGCGACGCGGUUGGAUCGCAGCUCGGAUUCGUCUCUACCAGUAUCUUAACGUUUCCGCGCGAUGAGAGACACGCGUUCCGCAAGUUCUCCAGUUUCGCCGCUCUCGCGAUCAUCGCGCACGUGGAUCUCACUAUGGCCUGUGUGAUGCCUGAUUACUUUCCCGAAGAACUGUGACACGUGAAAGUUUCGCAAACGAUUCCCCGUCGAAGUGCCGUCGCGAGAGCCACCUCGAGCCUCGAGGGGAACGAAAAACCGAAAGAGGAAAAGAGAUAGAGAGAGAGAGAGAAUGAGACGAAAACGCGUAGCGUAAGCCGCAGGAUUCGAGUGCGAACUACUUUAACGAGGACAAUAAGUAAUAAAAUCCUAGUAGUACGUCGCUAUUACGGUAGAAUGACUCGGUGCCGCGGUCGGGCGACGCUGCGCCUUGCUCGUCGGACUUGGACGAUUAGCGCGGAAAAUUAGCCGUGCGACCGGACGACGCGCACCUUGCGACGUUAAUAACCGAGGUCGGACGGUGUAAUGAGUAAACGAUGCGGCGCGGGCUCGGACGGACGGUCGAUGCGCUCUGUUGGCGGAUUUGCGAGCGAGGGUCGCCGGUCUCGUCCUCAUCGAUUGACCUUAAACCGGCGGCUCGCCUCUUCGGUCGCAGCUAAUCUGCCGGUGGGAACGCGCCUGUCAAGUCUCGCGGAAGUUCACGAGUCGACGUGACCGGGUCCCUCCAUCUUCGUUUCGCCCGGCAACGCUCGUCGUCGGCCGACAUCGAGCUCGUGACGCCACGUUCGACGAAGAACUUCUCUCAGCGGAGGACCGUCGGCGGCGGUUCGAUUAAUCGACCAAGACGCCGCGUCGGUCCGACCGGCGGCACUCUCUCGCGAAUUAUUAAGAAACACCUCGUUCAGAGAGCCGAGACAUCGAGCGUCGUGCGCAACGCGCUAGUACCAUAAACGUUAGUUUCCUCGUGAGAAUUAAGAGAGUUCAUUCAGAGAGAGCGGUCGUGUAGGGCCGGGGGCGUACCUUCCCCGCGCCUCGUCUCGUGCUCUUUUUUUAAGGAAAGAAAUAGAAAAGGAAGAGAGACACAAAAGGAGAAAGAGAGGAAGAGAGGGGAGAAGGAACACGCGCGUGACAUGACUCACACACCACAUGAGAGAGAGAGAGAGAGAGAGGUCGUCCGUGUAAAAAAAAGAGUAAGAUAACACUAGGUAAUUCUCGAAAGGGCCGGCGAGCCGUCGCGCCAUGUCGAGUCGCGAGGUUGUUAGAUGAAUUGAGACGCCGAUCGAGAAUGUCGACCCGACACCUCUGAGGUCACUCCGACGCGCUGCGGCGCGCCGUUGCGGCCGUGGUAACGCGAGAAACCUUGGAGUCUCGUUGCCGUUCAGAGCGUUUACUGCCACAUUAAGUAGUCGAUUACUCAGCUAGCCGACGUGCGGGUGGGCGCGAGCGAGAGUGUAGUCGGUAUCUUGCGCGUGCAAGCGCCGAUCGCGAGUCGUUUCUCGUCGCAUGCCGGCCGACGAUCGUGUCGACCGUCGUCUCCCGAAAGAUAGAGAGAGAGAGAGAGCGCCGAAAUGUACACCGGAAGGCGCGAUACGGUAGCCGCACGAGGCUCUCCUCCACGUAUCAUGGCCGCAGGCCUCUUUCUGCAUCGCAGGGGCUGCGCUUCGACCGGAGGGAUGAAAAAUGCGAUCGAUCGAACGGCUGCUGACGGCGGGACGACGCCGAUCGGCGCCGAGCGCGUCAGAAGUUCGCCCGCUGAAAAGUGCCGCGACGGAGGAAGGUCGCGGUCUCUCGGCCAGCUCACGUCGAAGCGCAACCCCGCGGCGAGGAAGACUCGAUUCUCAGCUCGAGAUUUUGACCAAAAGUCGAAGAGGCGAGAUAGCCGAUCCUUAGGCGACUUAAUUACUCACCUUAGCGAUACCACGCCACUUCGAGGGCGAAGGCGGGAGGAGAGGAUUACGAUGUGUAGAACUUCAGUAGCCUGAAAUUAUGUGAUAAUAUAUAAUGCUGUUUUCCUCGGAGCUGCGCUCCGACACACUCAUUGUUACGCCGGGCGCUGGACGGCGUCCGUCGGAUCGGCGGAAACGCAUCUCGAGAGGUCACUCUCGAUCCUCUCGCGCGACGUAGGGAGGAGGGAGUCCCGUCGUCGUCGCGAGCAUCAAGGACGACGGAGAGCGGACGAACAUCGGAAGAGAGACGGACGAGCGGACUCGAGAGUGCUCGGCCCAUCGACAGGUAGUAUUGGACAGACAGUAUUGAAGCUUGCGGCAAGAUUUCUUUGACCUUUCGUGUUGACGGAUUUGGAAAGAGAGAAGCAAGUGCUCAGGCAUCGAUCUCUCUUUCUCAAUGUAUUUUCAUUGGUUGAAUUUUGCCUGUUGAACGAGAAGGGGAACACCAUCGUGCUCUUACCAUUGGGGAACGUCUUUCAAACGCGUUGCAAUCUGUGUGUGUGUGACACUGUACACAGAGAAAAAGAUUUCUUUGCGUUCAAUAACGUUUCUUCAAUCGGAACAAAUUUGUCUCUAGGAGUAGAGCAAACAAACGGAUGUUCGCAUCCUGUUGUCGGGAUAAGAUUUGUUUUAUGCGAAAUAAACCCUUACAUCACCCAUAAAUAAAUUUGUAAGUACUAUUUCCCGCUAUAUAUAAAUGUCGCGUAAAAACUCAAAGUGUUAUAACUAAAAUUAUUAUAUACGCGGGAAAUAAUGAUUAAAUUUAGCUUCCACUUUAUUUAUGCAACAUUUAUUACGCAAAAGAAGUGUUCAUAAUUUUUAAGUGCCUCUUGGCCCCGGUCUAUACGAGUCUCUACUGCACUGAGAAAAGAAGACUUAAAAAUUGAUUUGUGAAAU